ACAAUUGUAUACUAUACAGACUACAAACGUUGAUUCAUGAAGCACAACUGAUGGUUUUUAAUCAAAAAUGUUGAUAAGGAGGCAAAAUCGUUUUUAUUUUAAACAUUGGAGUGGAACUAUCUUUUAAAAGAGUUUCAAACCGCAACACAAAAAAAUAAAGUUAUUUUAACUAUUAAAUGUAUUUUUAAAAUUCCGUGUAAUCACUACUUUAGAUAGUCUUUAAUUAUUGUUUGCGAACGCAUGAAAGAACAAUUCAUGUGUUAUAUGUUAUUUGCGUAUGGGCUGUACUGACUCCUGACUAUAUACGUGAGCACGUGACGCUUGUCCAUAUUGAUGUUGUGAUCUAGAGUGUGUUUAGGGAGGGGGAGGGAGGUAACGUGGAGCUUGCACGAGGUGACGGGCAAGGCUUGUGCACGAGCUGAUAGGUGCACGGUGCUCGGGCCAGCUUCUACAAGUGUUUACUUCAGAUCUGUCAAGAGCUGCUUGUGAAUAACUUGUAGAUGGCUGAGAAGCGGGCCCACCACAAUGCACUGGAAAGAAAACGCCGUGACCACAUCAAGGACAGUUUCAGCAGCCUGCGUGAAUCCGUGCCGUCUCUCAAGGGGGAGAAAGUUGUGAGUCGGGCACUGAUCCUGAAGAAAGCCGCGGACUACAUCCAGUUCAUGAGGAAGAAAAACUCGUCCCACCAAAACGACAUUGACGAUCUGAAGAGGCAGAAUGCGCUUUUGGAACAGCAAAUUCGUGCGCUGGAGAAGGUGAAGUCAACGGGAAACUUCGCCUCGGAAGCGAAUGACGUGUCACUGGUGAACUCCCACUCUGACUCCAUUUCGAGCUUCCCCCCGGAGUCUGAGUUGGACACUUCGGACUCUGAGUCGUCGCCCGCUGUGCACCGGCCCAAGAAGCUGAAAGUUGCCGUGGUCUAGAGGAUCGUUUGGAGUUUAUCUUCUACUGUGAUGUUCGAUGGCCAUCAGAGCUGCAGACAGUUUCCUCUCCUCUCGGGGAGUGGAAGAACGGACUCGAUGCUGUUUUUGUUAGUGAUGUUUGUAAGGUUUGCUGGAUCAACUGCAAUGGAUCGGUCUUGAGCGACCAACGAGAAGAGAGUGGUUCCGUUGCGUGGGGAAGUGUCUACGUGCGGUAAACACAGGCGUAUAGAAGUGGUUGAUGAGCAAUACUUACAUGAACUGUGUUAUAGAACUGUAUAUGUACAAAUCUUCAGAGUGUGUGAAUACAGAUGUCAGUAUAUUUUGUUGAAAAGAUAGUGUACAUUAAGUCGUAAGUUCUUUUCUAUUGUCACAAAUUAUAAAUUGCAUUGUCACUGUUA